UUUUAUUUUUUUUUUAAAGAUGAAUGUCUUUGCUGUUUUAUUUACCAGAAAGCAAUAUUGGAUUUGGAGGUAAGGGCCUCCACAACUGGCAAUUUUUACGUUUUUUUAUUUUUAAACAAAACGCAGCUAGACUUUGUUAUAAUUGUCCAAAGCCUGGUGUGCUACUAAACAUCUGGAUACUAAAAAUAUUUGGAGACUUUGAAAACUGGUUGGGAACUUUGAUACCCUCCAAUUUAACAGAUGUUGCUUUACUGAGUUUUAUUUUGAAAGUUUUGGGGAAGCGUUAGCAGCAAAGUGUUUCGUGUUUGGACAACGGAAGUGUCGCGUGACUGACCAGCCGGCCUCGCGAGCACAUUUGACGUGAUUGAGCUUUUAUUUUGAAGGGCAGGCUGUCAGCACGAAGGGCGGAUGCUACUGGGAGUUUGGAGCUCGACAGAGAGGGAGCGGGUCGGCUGGGGAAGCUGUAGAUCAUCGGCUGGGCUCUUCUCUGCUGAUCUCUCACUGUCUUCGCAGUUUGGCCCUGUCAACUCCGGGAUAUUUCCGCUCGGCUCCCAUGCGCGUGUGGAUUUAAGUCAACCUGAAAUAUGAUCAGAAGAAGAAAAUAAGGAGAGGAGGCUGAUUUCCUGUGGGAAUCUACUCAGCCUUUUUUUUUUUUUUUUUUUUUUUUUUAACCCGAGGACAUGUCUACUCUAUGGAGCAAAACAGUGAGGGGCUAGCUGGUCGACACCCCGGCUAGCGCAACAUUUUCAGCCUUUUCAGAUGAUUGUCCAGCUGAGGAGUUAAUUUAUUUUGGACAUACUUGGAGUAAAAAAAAAAAAAAAAAAAGUCAGCAUGGGUGAGCCCAGUCUGGAUAACUCCAAUGUCAAGGUGGCUGUGCGGGUCCGGCCCAUGAACAGGAGAGAAAAGGAGCUAAACACAAAAUGUGUCGUGGAAAUGGCGAAGAACCAGACAAUCCUCCAUCCUGCUGGAGCCAACUUAGGAAAAGCAGACUCUCGGAAUCAGUCCAAGGUUUUUGCCUAUGAUUAUUGCUUCUGGUCCAUGGAUGAAACGGAUACGGAAAAAUUUGCAGGUCAGGAGGUGGUUUUCCAGUGCCUUGGGGAAAGUCUUCUCCACAACGCCUUCCAGGGCUACAAUGCCUGUAUAUUUGCCUAUGGACAAACUGGGUCAGGGAAGUCGUACACCAUGAUGGGCUCAGGUGACCAGCCCGGGCUGAUUCCUCGACUCUGCAGCGCUUUGUUUGAGCGAACCAAGGAGGAGCAACGGGAGGAGGAGAGUUUUACCGUAGAGGUGUCCUACAUGGAGAUCUACAACGAGAAGGUCCGAGAUCUGCUCGACCCAAAGGGGGGCCGACAGACGCUGAGGGUGAGGGAGCACAAAGUUUUGGGUCCUUACGUCGACGGCCUGUCACGCCUAGCCGUAGCUAGCUACAAGGACAUCGAGUCUCUGAUGUCGGAGGGGAAUAAAUCUCGGACGGUCGCUGCCACAAACAUGAACGAGGAGAGCAGUCGAUCGCACGCCGUCUUCAACAUCAUCCUCACACACACACUCAAGGACCUGCGGUCUGGGACGAGUGGGGAGAAGGUGAGUCGUUUAAGUCUGGUUGACCUGGCUGGAAGUGAACGUGCAGCAAAAACUGGAGCAGCAGGAGAGCGACUGAAGGAGGGAAGCAACAUCAACAAGUCCCUUACUACACUUGGCCUGGUCAUUUCUGCUCUAGCUGAACAGGGAACGGCCAAGAACAAGACCAAGUUUGUUCCCUACAGAGACUCUGUUCUGACUUGGCUGCUGAAGGACUGCCUGGGGGGCAACAGUCGCACAGCCAUGGUGGCAACGGUGAGCCCGGCGGCGGACAACUAUGAGGAAACCCUAUCGACGCUGCGCUACGCCGACCGAGCCAAGAACAUUGUUAACCACGCCGUCGUCAACGAAGACCCCAACGCACGCAUCAUCAGGGAGCUGCGGGAAGAAGUGGAGAAACUGCGAGUGCAGCUCACUCAGGCCGAGUCGAUGAAAGCUCCGGAGUUGAAAGAGCGCCUGGAAGAGUCUGAAAAGUUGAUCCAAGAGAUGACCUACACCUGGGAGGAGAAGCUCCGAAAAACCGAGGAGAUCGCACAAGAACGUCAGAAGCAGUUGGAGAGUCUGGGGAUUUCCCUUCAGUCUUCAGGGAUCAAAGUUGGAGAUGAUAAAAGUUUUCUUGUCAACCUGAACGCAGAUCCCGCCCUCAAUGAGCUGCUGGUGUACUACCUGAAGGAACACACGCGGGUGGGCUCAGCAGACUCCCAGGACAUCCAGCUGUGUGGGAUGGGAAUCCAGGCAGAGCACUGUGUCAUCGACAUUACAGCAGAGACCGCCGUCAUCCUCACCCCCCACCCCAACGCUCGGACGUGUGUUAAUGGUUCUCCAGUAACCAGUGCUCUGCAACUUCACCACGGUGACCGAAUCCUCUGGGGAAACAACCACUUCUUCAGAAUCAAUCUGGCGAAGCGGCGUUUGCGGCCAGCAGACGAAGAGGAGGGCGAAGGCGGUGUGUUGAAGAACAGCGGCAGCAGCGAGCAGCUGGACGCCGACGGCGACACGGCCAGCGAGGUCUCCAGCGAGGUCAGCUUCUCCUACGAGUUCGCUCAGACCGAGGUCAUGAUGAAGGCCCUGGGCAGCAACGAUCCCAUGCAGGCGGUCCUCCAGUCUCUGGAGAGGCAACACGAGGAAGAGAAGCGAUCGGCUCUGGAGCGACAGAGGCAGAUGUACGAGCAGGAACUCCAGCAGCUCCGCAAGAAGCUCAACCCAGACCGCCUGUCCACUGGCCAGCCCGGAGGACAGACGUCUGUCCAGCCAGGGCAGGGACAGCAGUCUCACUAUCGCAGCCUGGAGCGGCUUAGUGUGGGAGGGAUGAGCCACUCUACCAGCGCUCAGAGCAGACUGAGGCAGUGGAGUGAGGACAGGGAGGUGGUUUUGGUGAGGAGUCUCCGGAGGCUCAGGGAGCAGAUAGUGAGAGCAAACCUCCUGGUGCAGGAAGCGUGUUUCAUCUCUGACGAGCUGGAGCGCCAUACCGAGUACAGAGUCACCCUGCAAAUUCCGUCAGACAACCUCAACGCAAACCGCAAGCGCGACGCGGUGCUCAGCGAACCAGCCAUUCAGGUGCGACGGCGGUGCCGAGGCAAACAGAUCUGGAGUUUGGAGAAGAUGGAGAACCGUCUGGUGGACAUGAGGGAACUCUACCAGGAGUGGCAGGACUAUCAUGUCCAUCACCAAGACGACCCAGUAAUGCGUUCAUACUUCCGCCGAGCCGACCCGUUCUUUGAUGAGCAGGAGAAUCACAGUCUGAUCGGCGUUGCCAACGUUUUCCUUUCCUGCCUGUUCUACGAUGUGAAGCUGCAGUACGCCGUUCCCAUCAUCAACCAAAAGGGAGAGGUCGCAGGACGCUUGCAUGUGGAGGUCAUGAGAGUGGGAGGGGGCUUGGAGGACAACAUGGCGGGAGGAGAUGAACCCGACAACAACCAGGACUCUGAAUUUGAGGAUCGCAAACUCGUCUGCUCGAUAAAGAUACUGCAAGCCACCGGUCUGCCACAGCACCUGUCCAACUUCGUCUUCUGUCAGUAUUCGUUCUGGGACGAGGCUGAGCCCACCAUCGUGGCCCCUGAGGUCGACCCAUCUUCCUCAUCGCCCAACUCAAAGGACCCGCACUGCAUGGUUGUGUUUGACAGCUGCAAGGAGGUGGCGGUGUCGGUAACGGAAGAUUUCAUCGAGUAUCUGACUGAAGGAGCAGUUGCCAUCGAGGUGUUUGGACACAAGCAGUCUGACGCAGGAAGAAACCCGGCCUUGUGGGACCUCAGCAUCAUCCAGGCCAAAACGCGGACGCUACGAGACAGGUGGAGCGAGGUCACACGUCGCCUGGAACUGUGGAUUCAGAUCCUGGAAAUAAACGAAAACGGAGACUUUGUUCCGGUGGAAGUAGUUCCAGCCAGAGAUGUGAGCACGGGGGGAAUCUUCCAGCUUCGACAGGGCCAGUCGAGACGAGUCCAGGUGGACGUGCGCUCGGUUCAGGACUCGGGCACGAUGCCGCUGAUAGCAGAGAUUGUGCUGGCCGUGUCGGUGGGCUGCGUGGAGAUCAGGACCAGCACAGCUAACCAGGAAGGGGACGAGAUGGACAGCUACCAGGACAGAGAUCUGGAACGUUUGCGGCGGCAGUGGUUAGCUGCGCUCACAAAGAGACAGGAAUACCUGGACCAACACCUGCAGAGCCUGGUUAGCAAAGCAGAAAAGACAGAGGAUGACAUGGAGAGGGAGGCGCAGCUACUGGAGUGGAGGUUGACUCUCACUGAGGAGAGGAACGCCGUCAUGGUGCCCUCUGCUGGCAGCGGCAUUCCUGGCGCUCCUGCAGAGUGGGCGCCUCUACCAGGGAUGGAAACGCACAUUCCAGUCCUCUUCUUGGACCUUAAACCCGACGACCUCAGCUCCCACGAGCAGUUUGAAGUGCCUGAAGCCGGAGGCUGGGACGCCAUGUUGACCGGAGAAGACGAGGACGACUUCUUCGACCUGCAGAUUGUCAAACAUUAUGACGGAGAGGUGAAAGCUGAGGCGUCGUGGGAUUCCACCGUCCAUGAGUGUCCCCAGCUGAGUCGCGGCGGGUCAUGGCCGGAGCAGCGCGUCUACCUGACGGUGCGAGCGGUGGUCCAGCUCAGCCACCCCGCCGACAUGCAGCUGGUGCUGAGGAAGAGGAUCUGCGUCAACGUCAACCCGGGUCGCCAGGGUUUCGCCCACAACUUCCUCAGGAGGAUGUCAACCCGCAGUACCAUACCUGGCUGUGGCGUCACCUUCGAGGUGGUUUCCAACAUUCCUGGGGAUGCUCCAGGUUCAGAGGACAGGGAGAUGCUAGCCCGGUUGGCGGCGAGCGCACACAACAGCCAAUCGGGAGAUGACGAGGCCGCUAUUGAGAAAUACCUCCGCAGCGUGAUGAGCCUGGAGAACAUCCUGACCCUGGACAGACUCAGACAGGAAGUAGCAGUGAAGGAGCAGCUGACUGGCAAGGGGAGGAGUAGCAGGAGGAGUCUGAGCUCUCCGUCUGUUCACAGGCUGUCUGGAAGUAGGCAGGACCUGUCCACGUCUUGCCUGCUGGAUGAUAAGGGUCGAUGGGAGAGUCAGCAGGAUAUCUUCAUGCCCACUCACCGCACCCUCCCUCGCCCGGCUUCAUCCCCGUCUACCUACUCUACCUCCCCCUCUUCAUCCUCCUUGCCCUUCAAUAUGACCCCCCCACAGAACCAGGAACCAGAGCAAGGUCGUUUAGGACUUGCUGCAUCUUAUCUUUCAGUUAAGGCCCUGGUUCCUCAGAUGCCCAAACUGCUCAAGUCUCUGUUUCCUGCUCGGGACGACAAGAAGGAGCUCAGACCUUCGCCGCAUGGCCAGCAGCAGCAUGUGCCUCGCAUCGUUGCAUCAACGGGAGGUGACGACAGCAGAGGCAAGCCCGACACGGCUGCUGCCCCACGACCCGCUGCCAAAGACCGAAGGGCCGAGUUUCCGGACGUCCCUCCUCUUCCUGUGCAUGACCCGCAUGACACCACACCCCUCAGCCCCCUCAGCCAGUCGUCGAGCGGCUAUUUCUCCGCUAGCGUUUCCACGGUUACCCUGUCCGACGUCCUCCAACCCUCCUCCUCGUCUUCGUCCCUCCUGGGCGCCGACGCGGCGUCACCCUCAAACCCCCAGCAGCAGCAGCAGAGCGCUGACAGGAACGAUGUUGUGACCUCUCCCCCCCAGUGCGGCACCAAGAUGGCUGUUGUAGCGUCCAAUCACAACAGUGUCCCUGCAGAGCUCUCCUUCUCCGACCAGAAGCUAGUUGAAGGCUUUGAGCGGCUGGAAAUCUUUGUGGACGACGGCCGCGGUCAUCACGACGUGCCGCCCGACUGGCUGAUGGAGGGCGCGUACGUCACCGUAGGAAACAACAAGGCCGGAACUGUGCGCUACGUGGGGACAACGCAGUUCGCCGACGGAGUGUGGGUGGGCGUGGAGCUGGACACCCCAGUAGGUAAGAACGACGGGUCAGUCGGAGGCCACCGAUACUUCCUCUGCAAACCAGGCUAUGGGGUACUGGUCCGCCCAGACAGGCUGUCACACCGCGACCGAGCCACUCGGCGAACCACGGACUUCGCUCUGCCGGCCCACGUCCCCGUCCUGCGAGGGGAAGCCAUCGUAGCUCGCAGAGGAGAGAACCGCAAGUCCUGGAGCAACUGAGAUGGGAGGGAGACAAACUCCCCACGGUGCAUCUGCUCUUCCUUGACUCCUAAAAACACAUCAGGCUCUGUCUACUUCCUGGUAACAUGUUACUGGAAGCUCCACAUAUGCGACUACAAGUCAAAGAAAAAACCAGAGCAGAGAGUGAAGAGCCUGUGUAGGAGAAUGACUAUUCAGUCCAAUGAAGUUACCACACGGGGGAAAUGAUGCCUUCUGUGGGAAGCUAGUGGCUAGUACGCUGAGAGCCAGUGGGAGCCAUUCAGAGAUUCUCUCUGAGUCGAUACGCAGCAGUGCAAACUUGUCACUUCUUUUUAAAACACUAUUUAAAAAAUAAUCAGAUCCAUGCUGAAAAAGAUGGAACUUAUAGGAUUAUUUUGGUUUGUUUUAUUUAUAAAUAAGGAAAGAGAGGAAAAAACACUUUGACUGAAAGAUUUUUGACGAGAAAUGUUUGCAUCCCUGCAUAUCGACUUUCCCCCGGAGUUCCCGAACUCACCACAACAACAAUGACUGCCGCCCUCCUGAACUGAGCCUUGUCGCUCCCUUCCUGGACUUUUUUUUUCUUCUUUAAAGUCUCCAGAACGUGCCUUUCGCCAUGGUCUGGUUUGUGUUUGCUUUCUGUGUUUUGUCUUAUUCGUGUUCCGUUUGCCGUGUCAUGUGUUGACGAGAAAGCCUUGUGCAAAGUGUGAGGUGAUCUCAGGGACUGCAGAGGGGGUGGGGCUGUGUGUGUGUGUGUGUGUGUGUGUGUGUGUGUGUGUGUGUGUGUUUGUGAAACGUAGUGUACGUAAAAUAUAUUGUGUCAAAAGAUGAAGCCGUGUGGAAAAAGCCACUAGAGGUUGAUUUUUUAUUUUUUAUUUUCUUUUGCACUGGACACGUUAGAGGAAAAAGCUUCUGUACGUGAGCAUGGAGAUUUCCGAUGAUGGCUACUGUCAUUUUAAUGCAAGUGUCGACGGAUAGACGAAAGAGGAUGUGUUUAGGACGAGUUGGGAGAGUUUCUGCUUGAGAAAAAGCUGAUUUUAUUCUAUGCAUGUGAUUUUUAAAAGAAUCUAACACAAAUGGGAAAAUGGGUGUAUUUGGGAGAGCGUCUGCGUGUUUUUACAUUCCAGACACACCCGGUGAAGAAAACUCAAUGUUGGGAGGUUUUAAAUGAGUUUUUAUGAUUUCAUGAAACAUUCCAGAGGCAUUUUAACCUGAACAUUGACCUGUAGAGAUGUUUCCAAGAUAUUUUUUUUAGGACUCUACUAGAUGGCAUCCAUUUGCUGUGCAGCUAGAUAAAGAGCAACUCCACCUUUAAACCAAGCGUUUCUUCUCUACUGAGGCCAGAGGGCAACACGUAAAGCAUUGGAGCAUUGUUGUGUCACCAAGAGGGGGCUGAUUGGAUGAGUUGAUAAAAAGAUGGAAGAGGAAUGUUUUUUCUGUCCUGGGACGUUUUGUCGUUCCGUUACUACAGCUGCCGGCUAUGUUUCUGCUGAUGACGGCUGGGGUUAUGAUUCUGGACGUGUAGUAUGUUCUCACUGUCUGUUCCUGUGGUGAUCACUGCCGGUCAGAGUUUUAUAUACACUCUUCAUCAGUGCAAAUUUCAUUUUUCUGCUGGACUUGAAGUGAAGCAUUUAAUUAUUUUUCCAUGGUAGAACAACUUCAAUGAAUUUGGCCCCAUUUGUAGACAAACAUCUUACCUGGUGUCGUUUACCUCAAGAAAUUUUGAGCAUGUGCCUGAUGCUGGAGGGCAAAAAGAUGAUUCUCUAUGGCAUCCAUAAAGACUCAUCUUUAUGAUGAUUCAUAAAGAUGAAUCAUCAUAAAGAUGCUCUUUAUGAUGUAGAGCAGUUUUAUGUACAAAAUAAAACCAGUGAUUAAUUUGGUGCAGUGCGACACAACUAAGGGAAAAAUAAUGUAGAAAAAAUGUUGAACUAUAACCCAAAACCACUUGUAUUCCUUUUUCUCGCUCUUUGAUUUAUGAGGAUUCAACCCCCAAAAAACAUGCAAACAUUUCCCACACAAAGAAAAGAACCUUAAGUCUGUUAGUACAGUUUUAUGUUUUCAAGUUUGAUCUUUAUUUUGUGAUUAUUAAUAGGAAAUCGUCUGAAAACAGCAAUGGUUGACCAGCUAAUUUAAACACCUGCUGUAAUGAUGUGAUGUUCUGUCCGAGAUCAUCACAUCCCCCUUUUUUCUUCAACUGAACUGAAACACACCAAGUUCUGCAGCCCAUCUACAUGUAAAGGUUGUCAAAGUCAAGCUAGCAUAACUGACCUACUUCCUUCUGACGCGUUUUUUUUCUUUCAAUUAAAACCUUUUUCUGACCUUUUAAGACGUGAUACAUUAUCUAGUUAUCAUACUGUUGACAAUUGGCAUCAAAACAUUGCAUCCAUUUUUCUUUUAUGUGUCAUUUGUACAUCUAAGAUUUAGCGCGGUACGUUGAGAUCUUGACAGCUAAAACCAAUGGUAGCCAUCGUCGUCGAGCAGGAUUUUCUUGGAAUCUUGUGCUUGUGAAACCAUAACUAUUAUUUGAUUUAAUUCCAGCUGGAUAUUUCAUCACUGCUGUUUAUCAGAAAUAAUAGAACUAAUUUGUUUCAAUUAUGCAGUUAAGAAGUUUCUGUAGGAUUGACAUUUGGGGCCAUUCCAGAAGUUUGAUAUUCUGCGUAGUCUACGUAUCAACCAUCCAGCAUCAUCAUCCAACUGUUUUGCAUCAUUGAUGCAAAACAUGUAAAUGCAUCAAUAAACCCCUCAGUUUAAAAUGAUCUCCAUGCUGAUGAAUAGUGCAUAUAAAUCUGUGACUUGCCCUGCACACUCAGGACUCUAAGAAUCUCUAACAUUGAUAGUGUGAAGAUGUUUUGUAAGUUAUCAGUUAUACUGUGUGCGUAUAGACCCCUGACCCUCAGGAGUCCAUUGGGAUUUAAUUUGUUUUAUAAUUGCAUGUUCUUUACUUGAGAGGUAAGCAAUACAUAUUUAUAUCGGGGUUGCUUGUACACUUGCUUUUAUCGCACGUGAGCUGAUGAAGUUGUUUUAUUGGAAUGAUUAUUGCACAAUGAUUUAAUGAGAAUUGCUGCUAUGGGCGUUGUAAAUAGACUUGUAAAUGAAUCAAUUGAUUUUUGUUUUUCUGCAUUUCUUGCUGUGCGCUUAAAUGGAUUUUAAUUGUUUUGAAAAAGCUAAGGGUUGGUGCUUUGGGUGGUUCGUAUUCUUUAGGUAAUGUUGAGGCACUUUGUCUUGUGAGCAGGGAAGUGAAGGUGGUGAGAACGAGCACACCUGUGUCCUUAUAAGGAAAGAGACAUUUUUAAUGUUGAAUCUGCAAUAACGUUGGAAUCUUGUUUGCCACCAGAGUUGAGUGUAUUAUGUGUGCAUUUUAGUCGUGGGCCGGUUACAAUUAACGAGGUACAGAAAGGUUUUGAACACUUGCGGUUUGAAAGCGAAUCAAGUUUUUUUUCUGUUUGGUUUAAUGUCCUUCUAGUGAGAUACUGGAAAAUAAAUGGGCAGUAACUACUGGAGCUUUUGACUAACAUAACUACGCUUCUCCACUUUCUCCCUAUAUCACUUAUGAGUAAUAUUGAAGCCCUGAACAUCGUACACAAACAGGAACAAGAUGAAAAUGGUCAUCGCUUGUUAAUAUCAACCCAGUUUUACUUAUUUUAUCUGUUAAAAAAUGACUAAGAUUGGCCGACACCAAUGUUGAUGUCGACAUAUUGUUCAUCCCUCAUGCAAACGUUAAGCUGUUUGGAAAGAUGGUUAUAACAAAUAUGGAUAAUCGUGUAGAGCCUGAAGAAGUAAUACUUAUCGCUUUUAUUUAUGAAACACUUUUUUAAGACUACAGUUAGCAAGCUAACAGCAGUUACCUUAGCAGAUAGCUAAACUAAAGAGGCUAAUAUUACCUUUAGCUUCUAAUACAUAGUUCUCAUGUGACAUCACGCUUUCGGGAACUUUGUAACUGACAGCCAUCUUGGUAGGUAUGCGUAGCUAACUGUCAUAACAGGUGCUAUGGUGUUGCUAUGACAACAAUAAACAAGCCACAAGCCCAGAACUAGCUCUCACCUCAUUCCUAUCUAACUUAUAAACACUAUAAGUACAUUACAACUAUUAAGCCAUAAAUUUUUUCUCCAUAGACUUUCUUUUUGUUGUCCUCAAAGCCAUGGUUCAUCUGUGCUUGGUGCUGCGCUUGCCUGCCAAGAUGGCGGUUCAGUGGUGCAGAUCCCUUCCAGUUCAGACUUCUGAACUAUGUAUACUCCAAGUAUUACUUGGGACUAAAGUGAUAGAAAAGCAAUAAUAUUAUGCACAACAAGCAUUUGAAAAACUACCAGCUAGUUUUAACUCUGUCAAAAAUAAUAAGUUACAACUAACAGUACUACUGUUGUAACCAGUGCUUUGAAGUUUUUUUUAAUGUUAAUACCACAAUAUGGCACACUUUAUUUCUAACUGUAUCACACAACAAGACUGUCAACAGGCCCAUAACUAAAGCAGCUGUUAUUUGGCCUGAUGUAUUGGAGUUCUCUGAUUGGUCGGGAGAUUUGACUGUUUUGUAACUUUCUGGUUCUAACAGGUGGUUCUGAAGGAAAGGCAGUAAGUUUUCUGAUGCUUGUGUGUGUGUGGUGUGUGAAGGAAUGUUGUGUAGCUCCGCUCUGAUGGAAAACGAUCACCAGCUGCUUCCUGCGAGGCUGCUGGACCUUCCUUUUCCAGUCCAGCCUCAGAGAUGGUUGCCGUGGGGACGGAGAAGGAGCUUGGGGAUGGGGGGGCUGAGAUCACUUCAGACUUCCGGUUGUUUCUUUUUGUUGCUGUGCCUCAGAAACCACGUUUCUUUCACAUGUUGUGUUAUAUCAACUACACUUUGCACAGAGGGGAAAACAAUGUGCAACUCUUGGAUGGAAAUGACCUCCAAGAGUCGUUUCCAUCGACAAAAACACCUGUUUGGGAUUUUUGUUUUUCUGUUCAGUGUUCUCGAGCUACGAGCUCUUCUAUUUAAGUUAAAAAAAAAAAGAAACACUUAACACUUCAUGUUCUUGUUUUACCUAAAAGCAGAGCUAAGCUCAGCUACAGCAAACAGUCCUCUGUAUAAACAAGGCUUGUAGGAUCCCAAAGUAUGGAUGAACUCUGACCUCUGAGUGGAUUUAGAGCAACAAAAAGACGUUUGAACACAAUAAAACGGUUGUUUUUACACUGGUGCCAAGCCAGCGUUAUUUAUGGAUCCGUAUCAGCCAUUAGAGGCACUUUGUUCUAUUUUUAUUCCCAUUUGGAUCUUGAGUCUUUGAGCCUUCAGACCUUCACACUGUUUCCUUUUUUUGUUCAUCGUGCUGUUCCAAGUGUAGCCCCCUGCCUCUAAUGUGGCCUUCAGCCUGGAUGCAGAGCAAUUUCCAGCUGAGCAGUCAGUUUUUUCUCUCUCUCUCUCUCUCUCUCUCUCUCUCUCUCUCUCUCUCUCUCUUUCUCUCUCUCUAAAGGUGCGGUUUAUUACGUUAAACUUUCAGCAAACUGUCUAUCUUUGCAGGCUGUUUACAAAAUAAUAAGAGCCCACUUUGGUUUCCUGUCGUAAAAUAAAGUCUUUUGGUCUCAGGAGCUGUCAGGUUUAUCACUGCCUGUUUCCCACUGAAAGAGUUUGCCUAGAUUCGCCCCCUAGUGGCUGCUUUGAACACCUCAGCCAGAAAAUGGAGGGGUUUGUCUUCCAUGUUGGGAAUUUUAACUGCAAUCAGAAAAAAAAAAAAUUACAGAAAAAAUAAAUUGGGAGUCGCAACUACCCAGGAUCAUAUCAGAUAAGAUGUAGUUUCAGGAUUUUUUUUUUACUUUUUUUUUUUUUUUUUUUUGUGGCAAUAACAGAAUUGGAAGUUUAUUUUAACCUUUGAACUACCUCAGUCCUUGCUCCAGUGUGUUCCUACCGGCUUCAGUGUGUUCUCCAACAUCAAAAAGAACCACAAAAACAAGCAAUACAGAGCUGCCAGGUGCAGCGUCCAACCAUUUCAAUAAAUUUCAGCUCCAUCUCCUGUUUGGGUUUUUUUCUCCUCCAUGUUACUCCAACCAUAUUUACCUGGGCUGCAUAAUGAUGAAGGUUCAUAAGAGUGUGAAGGUUACUUUCCCCUCAUAGCUGAGGAUGAACUGUAAUGCUCAGCUGUUUGUUUUUAAUGUGGCCUUGGCCCUGUCAACAGUAUUAUUACUAUUAUCAUUUUAAGAAAUCAUGAUCAGUCACUGCUGCUGUUGAUUGUGUGGAGCAGGAAUGUCUGCCUGCGUCAUUUCUGUGUUUGUUCUCUGGAUGUGUGUGUGUGUGUGUGUGUGUGUGUGUGUGUGUGUGUGUGUGUACAUAUGCGCAUAGUAAGACUUAUAAAGGAGAGAAAUCUGAGCACAAGUUUGGGUUUUGAUUAAUUUAAUUUUUAUGUAAUAAUUUUAUGCUGCAAUCCAAAGAAUAAACAUGUAUUAUAAUACA